AAGCUGAAGGGUUUCGCUGUGGGUUUCCCUGCUGGAAUUGCUUCAACUGCUACUGAAUGUCAGAUAAGUGAAAGAUCAAAUAUGGAGAUAAAAGUCGUGUGUCUUCUCGUGAUACUGAGUCUGAGAAUCCAUUUGACCCCGGCAGAAUUUUUGUUGCGGCAAAAAAGGAACUGGAUCAUACAAACCUUCACGAUCGAUGAAAGUUACAGUGGAACCUUUCCAUAUUAUUUGGGUAAAGUUGAAAUAGAUUCCAGUUUAAAUAUUGUGGAAGUCACUGGUCAAGGUGUAAAUGAAGAACCUCGAGAUUUAAUUAGCCUAAAUGAAAAAGAAGGACAUGUAAUAAUCAAGGGCCCCGUGGACUAUGAAAAAUAUACAAUUCUGAAGCUGAUAAUUAGGGCACAAAGUGAAAGAAAUCAGACAUUGACAAAAGUGGGCAUUAAUUUUGAAAUCAUUGAUGCAAAUGACAACCCCCCAAUAUUUAACAAAACAGAGUAUGAGAUCACCAUAAAUGAGUCAACAAUACAAGGCACUGAAUUGAUCAAUGUUACAGCGACAGACAAUGACAGCAAAGAGGAGUAUAAGACUUUUUUUUUUAGUAUAGACUCAGUUAUUCCUGAAACAGAGGACUUGGAAUUCACCAUAAACAAGGUGCCUUAUUUUGGUAAUGGGACCAUUUCUUUUAAAGGAUGCCUGGACUACAAGAAAGCAGACAAAUACACCAUUAUUGUGAAGGCAACAGACCUUGGAAAACCAAAGCCACUCUUCAGCUUCACCAACGUAACAGUCAACAUAAACCACGGAAAUAGAUAUCGUCCAAUAUUCACAAACCAAACUGGUCCAGUACGUGUGAAAGAAGGUGAGGAAAAUGUUACUUUUUCACGUCUACAAGUUAAGGAUGAAGACACCAAAGGUACAAAAGGUUGGAAUGCAAUAUAUGAAAUCCAUGGAGACAAAAACAACAACUUCAAAAUAAGGACUGAUCCUCAAACAAACGAAGGACUACUCUAUGUGAAUAAGCCACUGGACUAUGAGGAUGAAUCCUUGAAGAACAUCACAGUCACAGUGGAGAAUGAAAUUCCUUAUUUCACAUGCAAAGUAAUGGAUCGAAACACCGCAGGCCUUUGGAAAAUUAAAACAGAUCCCAGCCUUGCCAGCGGAGCGUCUAUGAGUAGGAAUGAUGGAGGAGGGACUCACCAAAUGACAGUAGUCGUAGAAGAUGUCAAUGAGCCUCCAGUCAUUGAUGAACUAAAACCAAUUUCUCUGUCUAAAAAUGUGGAAGUGGGCCAUUAUUUGGGAACAAUUGUUUCUAGAGACCCAGAUGUCCAAGGUACACAAAUAAUUAGAUACUCAAAAGGUGAAGAUCCAGCCAAUUUGAUUUCAGUGGACCCGGAGACAGGAAAAAUAACCACAGCACGCACCUUUGACAGAGACUCACCCUACGCUAAAGAUGGAAUUUAUGUCAUCAUAGUGAAUGCUGUUGAUGGUGGAAGCCCUCCUCAGACUGGCACAGCGAGUCUCAGCAUCUACAUCGCUCGUGAGAAUGACAAUGCUCCAUCUCUAAUAGUAAACACUUUUGACAUGUGCCAAAGUGACAAAUCAUCAUGGGUCAAUGUCACAGCUGUGGAUCCAGAUGAGGACCCAUACAGUGGGCCUUUUUCAUUCAAACUUCUUGGAGAUGUUAAGAAAAAGUGGAGGAUUGAUCCUGAGCAAGGGUAUUCAGUCAACCUUGUUAAAGGACUAAAUGUUUAUUCUGGACAUCACAAGUUGAAGCUAGAAGUGUCAGAUUUUCAAGGAAAGAAAGUUCUUCAUGACUUGUCAGUUAUUGUGUGCAAGUGCUCUGAUGAGACCAAGCCAGACUGCAGCGUGAGAAAAGCUGCUGUAUUCACAGUAGGAACAGGAGCCCUGGGAAUAUUAUUCUUCUGCAUUAUAUUAAUGAUAGGUUUGUUAUUUUUAACAUUUUUGGUGUCAUGUAAACCUGAGAAGAUAACAAUGGAUGAUGGUGAGCCUGUGCAACACUUAAUGAAAAACAACACAGAAGAACCAGGAACUGAUUGUUUUGUGCCCUUCAACUUACAAAACAGCAGAAAUUAUGGACAACAAAUUCAAGUAUCUGAAGAUGUAAAUUUGUCAAUGACAUCGGUAUCACUGGAUCCUGUCGUUAAAGUCCAAGCCUGCCCAAAUGUGAUCAAGUUCAAUCAAGACAGAGGCAGUUGGGCAAAAUCUUCUGUGGUGUCUUUCCGUGAGCACUGGAAUGGGUCUGCUGAGGGUCCGUUUUCAGGCAUGGGGAUCAGACGUCAGCUGGGAACACUAAAGGAAGGGGCCUGUAUGCAAAAGACUCAUGAAACUCUACUAUUCAUAGCUCUCACAAAUAUGCUGAAAAAACUUGAGCUACCAGGUGAGGAACUUGGUGAUUAUGAACCCACUGUCUAUGAUGAUGAGGGAGACUUGGUAAAAAACUUUGAACUUGAUGCUAUCUCCAACCCUGAAGAACCCUUUGACUCAGAAAUAGAACUGGAUUCCAUUUUUCUACCCCUUGCAUCAGUCUGUUCACCUGACUUGUUUGCCCAAAGCACAAAAAUGUAAGACAGAUACACUGACCACAAUGGUUGAGCAUAGAAGGGCUACUCUUGUGUUGUGUUUAUUAUUUAGCUAUAGCAUAGAACAAGGGGCUGGUUUUUACCAGGCUGCUAUUUUAAUUUUCAUCUUGAAUUCAGAAAACAAAAUAAUAAAUUGAAGCCAACUUAAUGAUUUUUUUCCAAAACUCCAUAAUGCUUUAAUUACAGUGUACUGUAAAUAUGUCUGAUUACUGUCUGAAUUAAAAAAUGAUCUGUUUCUUUGUAUGAAUCUUGAGAGAGUUAUCUUAAUAAUCUCAAGAUUAUUACAAAUAAAUGACAAACAGAUUUUAAAGGCACAAAUCAAGGGGCAUUUUACUUCAAACUAAGUCACUAGCAGUAUAUAUGAAUAGUAAAUGUAAGACUUCAUUCAUGACAAUGUUGGUAUCUUGCUUCUAGUUGUCUACAGGAAAAGAAAUGCUGAUUUAUUAAAGGCAAGCACAUGAUCAAGUUAACUUUUGUAAUUGUACCACACUUUUUGCUUUUAAGAAUUUUAACUUCCUACAUGAAUUGAUUGUUUAUUUCAAAAUACUCAGCAUGCCCAUGCUCAGCAAUGAUGCAAACAUCUCUGAUUCUAUUAGAAGUCUUUGUUUCAUAAUUAGGAAGUAGUUGACUGAUGUUUUUGAUUACUGUUCUGAAGUUAUUGAAUGCUUUUGCUUAUAUCAAGUAUGCUCAUGUCUAUUUUGAUUUAAGGCCAAAUGUCAGCUAUAACUAUUUUUCCUCACUAUUAUAACGAUUUAUUUUCAGUUUUUAAACUAUUUUAUCCAUGUUUUUAAUUCAUAUUCAUUUCACUCCUCUGUGUGACUUUCUUUCACUUAAGCUUCUG